CUGGCCUAUCUCUGUUUUGUUUAUUGCAAAACACAUGCUUUCACCGAAAAAUCUCUCGCAACAAACCCUUGUGUUCUGACCCUGCUUCCACCGAUUUUUCCUUCACCAGCUCUCUGUUUCUUUUUUUUUUUAUUUUAUUUCGGAAUAUUAAAAAAGUGUAUGAAUGAAUGUGUCAAUAGUUAAGGUUGUCAUCUGGAUAAUUCCAGCUUGUGCUGAGCUAGAUUCUUGCUGAAAUGGAUUUAUUCUUCUCGUGUCAGUAGCUGUACUGAACUUUCUCUCAAAACAACAAAAAGGGUCACUUCAGAAUUCAGAUUUCCCUUUUGCUCCUCUACCUUGAUUCAAGUUGCUUCUGCAUAAUAACAAAGGUGCCAUCUUUUUCUGUCUUUGUUAUCCGUCUUUUUCUGUUGUUUGACUUGAAUGAUUUUCUGGUUGAUGAGUGCAAGGUUUAUCAGUUCUUUUCCUGCUUGUGCCAUAAACUUCAAUUAGCUUCACACUGAGAGAGAGAGAGAGAGAGAGAGAGAGAGAGAGAGAGAAUUAAUAUCCCCAGUGGUCUCUAUUCAUUUGUUGAGGCCACAAUGAUUGAUCGGAGAAAUCUUGGUUUUUUUCUCUGUGCUUUAUCGAUCUUCCCUCUUGUAUGUUUUUCUGCCACCUUUGUUCCAGUUGAUAAUUAUCUUAUAGACUGUGGAGCAUCUGCAAAUACUACAGUAGGUAGGCGCAAUUUCACAGCAGAUAAUUUGUUCAAGGAUCUCCUUUCUACACAAGAAGAUAUUCUUGCCAAUUCCUCCUCAAAAUCAAGCACUUCUUCCUCUGAUGAUUGGCCUCUCUAUCAAACUGCAAGAAUCUUCAAUGGACCCUCGAAGUACACCUUUCCAAUUAGGCAAAAGGGGAGACACUGGAUCCGUCUAUAUUUCUUUCCUUUUACUCACGAAAAGUACAAUUUGGGUGCUGCAAAUUUCACUGUCGCCACGCAAGACCAUGUUCUUUUCAGUAGCUCCAGCAUGCAGAAAGAUCCUGUGAUGAAGGAGUACUCUGUGAAUGUAACCUCAGACAACCUCGUUAUCACCUUUGCCCCUUCUGGCAAUUCCACUGCCUUUGUGAAUGCCAUUGAAGUUGUUUCUGCUCCCGAUGACCUAAUUGUUGAUGUUUAUUCCGGCUUAGAUCCGUCGGUAACCUUAUCUGGGUUGGUGACGCAAUCACUGGAGACAGUUUGGAGGGUUAACAUGGGUGGUCCAACUGUGACCCCCGUGAAUGACACCCUUCAAAGAACUUGGAUUCCAGAUCAAAGGUUCCUUUUGGAACCUAACCUUGCCAAAUCUUUUAGUAAUAUCGCUGCUGUCAAGUAUGAGAAAGGUGGUUCAACAACAGAAAACACCGCUCCCGCUACUGUUUAUGGUACCCUCUCAGAGAUGAACUCGUCCUCUGAUCCCCGAAGUAAUUUCAAUGUGACAUGGAAGUUUGAUGUGAGUCCUGGAUUUCAGUACCUUGUUCGAUUUCACUUCUGUGAUGUGGUCACCAACGGUCUCAAUUCACUCUACUUCAAUAUUUAUAUUGAUUCCAAGAUGGCUGCUGCUGAUUUUGAUCUCAGUACUCAUACUAAUAAUGCUUUGGGGGUUCCAUAUCAUAUGGAUUUGGUUACACCGUUGGCUGUGAACAAUACACUUCGUGUAAGUAUUGGUCCUUCUGGUUUAAAUAAGGAUUACCCGAAUGCAAUUUUGAAUGGGCUGGAGAUCAUGAAAAUGAACAAUUCGAUGGGCAGUCUCAUCACAGGAACAGUACCUGCAGCUAUUGGUAUAGGUUCAAGUUCUAAGAGUAUUGGCAUGAUUGUGGGUGUGGUUGUUGGUGUAGUUGGUGCAGUUGUCUUGGCUGGACUUAUCUUUGUAUUGUGCAUGAGGAGACGAAAGUUGGCUCGGCAAAGGCAGUCAAAGACAUGGGUUCCUUUAUCCAUCAAUGAUGGAACUACUUCUCAUACCAUGGGAAGUAAAUAUUCUAAUGGCACGACACUAAGUGUUGCUUCAAACCAUGAGUACCGAGUGCCUCUUGUUGCAGUUCAGGAGGCUACAAACAACUUUGAUGAGAGUUGGGUUAUUGGGAUAGGUGGCUUUGGUAAAGUGUACAAAGGAGAGUUAAGUGAUGGCACAAAAGUGGCAGUUAAGAGGGGAAAUCCACGGUCCCAGCAGGGGCUUGCAGAGUUCCAAACUGAAAUUGUAAUGCUGUCUCAGUUCCGCCAUCGCCAUCUGGUGUCUUUGAUUGGUUAUUGUGAUGAAAGGAAUGAAAUGAUCUUGAUAUAUGAGUAUAUGGAGAAAGGAACUCUCAAGAGUCAUUUAUAUGGCUCAGAUCUGCCUAGCUUAAGCUGGAAGGAGAGGCUUGAGAUAUGCAUUGGAUCAGCCAGAGGACUUCAUUAUCUUCACACUGGCUAUGCUAAAGCUGUUAUUCACCGUGAUGUGAAGUCUGCAAAUAUCCUACUUGAUGAGAAACUAAUGGCUAAAGUCGCUGAUUUUGGACUGUCAAAGACGGGGCCUGAAAUUGACCAGACACAUGUGAGCACAGCUGUGAAAGGUAGUUUUGGGUACCUGGAUCCAGAGUAUUUCAGGAGGCAACAACUGACAGAAAAGUCAGAUGUGUAUUCAUUUGGGGUAGUUCUGUUUGAAGUUCUUUGUGCAAGACCUGUCAUAGAUCCAACACUUCCCAGGGAAAUGGUAAACUUGGCAGAAUGGGCAAUGAAAUGGCAGAAGAAGGGGCAGUUGGAGCAGAUCAUAGAUGAAAGACUUGCAGGAAAAAUCAGACCAGAAUCUCUCAGGAAGUUUGGAGAAACUGCUGAGAAAUGCUUGGCUGAUUAUGGUGUUGACAGACCUUCCAUGGGAGAUGUCUUGUGGAAUUUGGAGUAUGCUCUCCAACUUCAAGAGGCUGUGGUUCAAGGUGAUCCUGAAGAAAACAGCACCAAUAUGAUUGGUGAACUCUCUCCACAGGUCAACAAUAUCAGCCAGGAUGCAAGUGCUUCUAUUACACAAUUUGAAGGCACAAGUCUUGAUGAUCUCUCUGGUGUUUCUAUGAGUAGGGUCUUCUCACAAUUGGUGAAGUCUGAGGGUAGAUAGAUGGCUCUGGAUUUAUCCAAUCUUAUAAAUUAUGUCACAGUGCUCUUAUGUUAUGAUUUUUAUUGUUUUUCUUCUGAUCACUAGUUCUCUUCCUGCACUUGGAAGACUAGGCAUUUCAUAGAUUUGUAAAGAAAUAUUGAGUUGAAACAUGUUUGGUGAAAAUCUUGUGUAAGUUAUGCAGAAACACCUGAACCAAAAAGUGUGGCAAAGUUUGUAUAAUUCCUUGUUUGUUUAAUC